AUGAACUCCCUCAACAUUCUUUCGUCGCGCGUCAUCGGCCAGACUACCCCUUCGUCCUCUCGAUCCCAAUCGCAAUCUCGAUCCCAUUCUCAGGGCCCUGCAAAGUCCGGCAGAGGAUCCCUUGCAGCGAGCAGAUCAUAUAGCGAAGGAAAUUUGCAUGAUAUUGGGGCUUUUGACGUGUCAAAUGACGAGGAAGCUGCUAGCCCCGACCAGCACGACGGCACUGCUACGAACUGCGAUAGUGUGGAAGGGAAAGCACCUUUAUUGCAUGGAUUACAAAAGGAUGGCAAGAAAUUGGGGCCUACAGAUCUUCAAACAGCUCUACAGCAGCUAGUUGACGCCAUUGCGGACACGUUGUCCUCCCUUUUGUGUACUCUUGCGUCCCCAGCGAUCUACAUAAUAACCUCAUUUCGAGAUGAUACCGGCCGGUAUUCCUUUUUUAAUCCAGUGCGACGAGUUCGGUCACCAAACUCCGAUCAGAAACAGAAUUCAAUCCCAAUCCAGGUGCUAGGGACAACUGAUAAAUAUGAUUCUGGGAAAAUCAAGGCAAAAUCGAGGAGCCUAAGGACUGCGUCAUCGAGAGAGUCAAUAUCCUCUAUAUCCUCCGAAUCAGACGGUGACCGAGGCGAAGUGAAAGAUGGCCGACGACACUCGCGCUCCAGGUCUGACUCUAUUCCAGUCGGAAUCGACGAAACGACUCCAAGACGGUCCAUACGCAUCCAGAUCCAGAAUGAACGGAAGGGCAAACAUGAAAAGGGGCACAAGAGGCACAGCAGCCACUUUGGCAAAACAUCCGAUAUUGCUACGAACGCCGCCGCCGAAAGCCUCAAAUCGCCCAUGGGCCCUUCGGUUCAUCGACUCACAAGAUACCCACACGCUCCCUCCCCUCCACGACCAUUAAUUCCUCCGCGACAGCCCUCAUACGUGGCUGGGCCCGCCGCUUCGACUUUUCCCCAGAAAACUUUAGUGCUCGAUCUCGACGAGACCCUCAUCCAUUCUCUAGCCAAGGGUGGCCGUAUGUCCAGCGGACACAUGGUCGAAGUACGCCUCUCAACACCCAUGACCACACCCACUCCAGACGGUCCCACCACAACACUAGGCCCGCAGCACCCGAUUCUUUAUUACGUACACAAGCGGCCGCACUGCGACGUGUUCUUGCGCAAGAUCUGCAAAUGGUAUAAACUGGUAAUCUUCACGGCUAGUGUGCAAGAGUACGCGGAUCCCGUGAUCGAUUGGCUAGAACAGGAGCGAAAAUAUUUUCACAGUCGGUAUUAUCGGCAGCAUUGUACAUUUCGAAAUGGGGCAUAUAUCAAGGAUUUGAGCUCGGUGGAGCCGGAUUUGAGUAAGGUGAUGAUUUUGGAUAACAGUCCAAUGAGCUAUAUAUUUCAUGAGGAUAACGCAAUACCAAUCGAGGGCUGGAUCAAUGACCCUACGGACAAUGACCUGCUCCAUCUCAUUCCCAUGCUAGAGGCGAUGCAAUACGUGACGGAUGUUAGGGCUCUUCUAGCGCUUCGACGUGGCGAGGCAAUGGCUUAG